AAAACUCCACGCGACGGUCCGCUCGAGCGAUCGCCCUCACUCGCUCGCUCCAACUCGGAAGUCCCACUCGGACUCGGCGUCGCGAAUUCUUCGAUUUUUCUCCUUUUCCUUCCUCCUUCUUCCUUCUUCCUUCUUCCAGAGAAUUUCUUCAGGCGCAAGCUUUCCGCGCGCGCUCGCUCGUUCGCUCGUUCGCUCGCGUCGUCGCUUCACGCAAAUCUCGCUCUGUCUCGAAGGAGGGAGGGAGAACAUCCUGAUCAUCCGUUCGGCGAGACUCUCUCACUGUCUUUCUCCCUCCGUUUGGCGCGCUCCGUGAGGGUCUACUUUCCUGGUUCGAGUCAUUGACGAUAUGAAGACAACGAUGAGGAUGAAAAAAGGAAGUACCACCAUGAGACUGAAAAAGGGAAGUAAAGUGGAGGUGCUUAGCAUGAAAGAGGACUUCAUAGGUGCUUGGGUCUAUUCCGAAAUAAUAUCUGGAAAUGGGCGCAAUUACUAUGUGAAAUGCUGUGGUUAUCCCGGUACUGCCGGGAAGAAAGUAGAGAGGGUGCCGAGGAAGGUUAUUCGGCCUUGUCCACCUCCUGCGGAAGGCAUAGGUGUAUGGGUUCCAGGUGAUGUUGUCGAGGUGUUUCACAACCUAUCAUGGAAGACUGCCAUAGUUGUGAAGGUUUUUCAUGAAAACCACUUCUUAGUUAGGCCAGCUGGAAGCUUUCGGCAUUUCAAUGUCCAUAAACGAUAUCUCAGGGCUAGGCAGAUAUGGAAAGAUGGCAACUGGUUCGUGGUUGGAAAGGGCGCUCGUAAUUGCACCACAUCCAGGAGAAGACGACUUGCCGAAACAGACUUGAAGCUGCAAGCUGGAGCUGAAUUUUCCCCAACUGGAGGAAAUACUGAAUUUCAGUUUCAAGUAGAUUCAGAGAGGAAAUUGAAGACAGAUUCCCAUGUUUGCUCGCCUCAUGUUGAAGCACAUUGUGUUGGUCUUAAGAAGAUCAAGCUUACUACCAAUAAUUACUGGGAGACUUUGCCAGGGACUGCAUCUUAUGCUUCAGAAAAGGCUGAUGCAUCCGAUUACCUGAAUGAGGAAGAAAAUAAUGCAAAUUAUUCCUUCUGCUGCUGGAGAAAUAGGUUCCCCGAGGUGGAACUGGAAGGGUUGAAUAAUUCUUUGCAGCUGAAGACGUCAAAGAACAUCGACACUGAUAGUUGUGCAUCAUCUGUUGGCAGCUCUAGUACUAAUGGCAAGAAUUGGUCGUCAAGUUCAGUAAAUUGCUGCAUCAGGAAUACUUCUGGCGAUCUCAGUGACGCUGAAUCAUUUGUGGCAUAAUGUAUCAUGGAGGUCAUAUUCUUUUCUGACAAAAGCAGAAUUGGAGGCAACAUCCCUUCCUUCACGCCAUCCAGUGACUGUCCAGUUCUGAGCUGUUCAGGCUUUCAGUUGGGCUGAAGAUGCAAAUGCCAAUCCUUGCACCAAUCUCUGCUCAUUCCGACAAACAAGCAUCUGGUGAUUCUAAGAAAUUUAACUUCUGCCGAUGCUAGGCUUUUUAUUAGCUGAUAGUGGAAUGAAACAUUGGAUCUUGGUCUUUUUGUGAUGUUUUCGCCCUUCUCUGACUGUGACAUUGACUACAUUCGUCAUCGCGAGCAUUGGUUUACGUAUUUGUGAAUCACUAGUUUAGAAUCUAUGUACAGCGCAACAGUCUCUCUGCACAAUCUUUCACUAAAUGAGAACUUUAAGAAUUGGAUUCAUGAUGAACUUAGUUGCACUAGUUUGAUAAUAGAUAUCUGUGAUAUGAUUUUCUCUAUAUUCAUUAUUGAAUAAUCGGUUGAUUAUCCCAGUGAGUGAUGUAAAAGUGGACGACAGGAGAUUCAUUCUCAAAGGACUUACUUUAGGUAUUCAUGUGCUUGUUAGAUGCUUCUGUUUUGGUGGAAGGUAUAAAAAUUCAGGCUGAGUAAAAAUCUUAGACUGAAUUUCUUAUUGUUCUGGUUUUCAACAUUGCAUGUUAAGCUAUAAAGUGCAUCAAAAGAUUCUUUGUUAUAGAUACUUCAAAUAAUUAAUUUCUGCUGCACAUG